AUGCCGGACUCCUCCUGCUUCUUGCUGGCUGGCUUCUCGCUCGUCCAGUCUGCAUUCCCAAUCUACUACGCUUAUUCCUGGGCAAACAUCGAUUCUACGGACACCAACGAGAACACACACAACACCUCACUGUACAAAGUGUUCGGUACCUACGUCGGUGUGCUGUGGUUGCUCACCAUUGUCAACAUCUUGGCUCCACUGAUCGGGAUCGGCGAUGACAGAGGGCAAAGAAAUUUCAUCAGGACAAUCGCCUUUCUUCUCAACUUGUUGGGAGGUCUUGCUGUGACAGUCUUGGGCAUUUGGAUCAUUGCUGCUGUCUUCCCAACAACUGCUUGUGUCAAACUUGGUUUGAUGGCUGCCUCCAGUCACUGGGCGUGCUCUGCAUACCACAUCAUCAGCUGGAUGCAUUUCAUCAUCUUCUGCUUGCUCGCUCUUUUCCUGAUCCUCCUCCCAUGUCUCAUCGAGUCUCUUAAGAGACCAAUCCACGACAUUCUGAACACAGCUGGAACAAGAUCGAUUUGUCCUGAUUCAAUCAUUGACUGGAUUCACAGCAUGUUGGGUUGCUGUGAAAAGAUCGUAUUGAAGCCAUACACCCUUGGGCCCAUAGUGCCACCGCUUGUUGCUGUUAACUCCUAUCCCGUGCUCACGCCAGUGGUAUCCUCCCCAGGAGUGGUCGCUUUGCAGCCUCCCGUCCUUCAUCAGACUCAGAUACCUGUCUCCCCGUUUUAG